AUGUUUGAUGUAAGUUUUGCCAUUGCGUAUGGUCAAGGGGCAUUUGCUGUAUGGGAAGAAUUGGAAAUUAAAAGACUUUUAGGUGAAAAGGAUUUGGAAAUAUUUUGUUGGCAUUUUGGUGUAAAACCAAAUGGUAACGUUGACCCAGCAAAAGAUAUUCAAGGUGAAUCAAAAAAUAAGUACAUUUGA